AUGGCAGCCGCCGCCCACAGCUUCAAGGCCGUGCUGCUGCGGCCCGCGGCCGCCCUACCUCGCCCUGCGCGCAGCAUGCAGCCCGUGCUCGUCGCCUUUGCGCCGCUCUCGACCACGAGUGCCGCCGCCGCCGCCGCGUCGGGCGUCAAGAGCCGCCGCGACAUUGUCAAGCCCACCAAGAAGACGUUCAACAAGAAGCGUCUCGGCGUCGAGAACGUGCGGAAGCCGGCGCCCGGCGAGCGCCGCGCCUUUCGCAAGCGCAUCACCCUGAGCAGCAACAGCGCCCUGGCCGUCGAGGGCCUGCAGCUGCUCGAGGCCGGCGUCUUGGCGGACGCGGCGAGCGCCGCCACCGUCGUCCGCCUGCCCGACCCCGUCGUCGACCAGCUGCGCACGCUCGGCGCGUUUCGCCCGGGACAGAGCUGGGGCCUGUUUCGCACGCCGCACGUCCUGGUCCGCAAGGAGACGGUCAACAUGGUUGCCCGGAUGGAGAGGGCGGUGGCGGCCAAGGAGGUGGCGCGGAUUGUGCUCACGGGCAGCAGGGCCUCGGGCAAGAGCACGGCGCUGGUGCAGGCCAUGAGCCACGCCUUGAAGAAUGAAUGGGUCGUCAUCAACAUUCCCGAAGCCCAGGACUUGGUCAACGCUCAUACAGACUACUCGCCCGUCCCGAACUCGGAGCCGAUGCAGUUCACCCAGCCCACAUACACACUCAACCUGCUGCAAAACAUCCUCAAAGCCAACAAGGCUACGCUGGAGAAGCUCAAGGUGGAGCAAAAGUCGUCCCUGACGGGCGGCCUGCUCGAGGGCGCCUCGCUCGCCGACCUCGUCACCAACAUCCGCGAGCCCGACGCCGCCUGGCCGGGCUUCUGCGCGCUCUGGUCGGAGCUGACGCUCCCCGGGCGCCCGCCGGUGCUCAUGGCCCUCGACGGCCUCACCUUUGCCAACAAGGACAGCCAGUACCGCGACCCGGCCUUCAACAAGGUGCACGCGCACAACCUGACGCUGCUCGGGCACUUUUUCCGCGCCCUCGCCGGCGCCGCCCCGAUGCCCAACGGCGGCGCCGUCAUCGCCGCCGACUCGGCCAGCAACACGCCUGCACGCCACCCGUCCGAGGCGCUCGUCCUCGCCCAGCUCGAGGCCGGCCAGGCCGGCCGCGCCGUGCCCGCGCCGGACCCGUACCUCCGCGGCUACGACAACAAGGUCUACGACGCGCUCAGAAACUGCCACGUCGUCCGCCUCGAGGGCGUCUCCAAGCCAGAGGCCCGCGCGCUCAUGGAGUACUGGGGCGCGAGCGGCCUCGUCCGCAGCGCGCUCACCGCGGAGCUCGUCGCCCAGAACUGGGCGCUUGGCGGCCACGGCAACAUUGGCGAGAUGGAGCGCGUCGUGCUGCAGAACCUGAAAAUGUAA